AUGUUGCCGCCGCCGCCUGCCGCCGCCGCCAGCCGCUGCCGCCAGCCGCCGCCGCCAGCCGCCACCGCCAGCCACGGCCCGUCUCUUAUGUGGAGCUUUCGGUCUCCACAUUCCCAUCACCUUACAUUUACAGGGUUGAAGUCGAGUAGCCAUCUUUCAGAUACUUCACACAUGCCCCUUAUAGUACCAUCCUCGAAUAUCGACAUGUGGGAGUAUACUUCCUAUGUUAUAGUCAUAUAUUACCUGUGUUUUACCAGUAUAUUACCUGUGUUUUACCAGUAUAUUACCAGUGUUUUACCAGUAUAUUACCAGUGUUUUACCAGUAUAUUACCAGUGUUUUACCAGUAUAUUACCUGUGUUUUACCAGUAUAUUACAUGUGUUUUACCAGUAUAUUACCUGUGUUUUACCAGUAUAUUACCAGUGUUUUACCAGUAUAUUACCUGUGUUUUACCAGUAUAUUAUCUGUGUUUUACCAGUAUAUUACCUGUGUUUUACCAGUAUAUUACAUGUGUUUUACCAGUAUAUUACCUGUGUUUUACCAGUAUAUUACCUGUGUUUUACCAGUAUAUUACCAGUGUUUUACCAGUAUAUUACCUGUGUUUUACCAGUAUAUUACCUGUGUUUUACCAGUAUAUUAUCUGUGUUUUACCAGUAUAUUACCAGUGUUUUACCAGUAUAUUACCAGUGUUUUACCAGUAUAUUACCAGUGUUUUACCAGUAUAUUACCUGUGUUUUACCAGUAUAUUACCUGUGUUUUACCAGUAUAUUACCUGUGUUUUACCAGUAUAUUACCUGUGUUUUACCAGUAUAUUACCUGUGUUUUACCAGUAUAUUACCUGUGUUUUACCAGUAUAUUACCUGUGUUUUACCAGUAUAUUACCUGUGUUUUACCAGUAUAUUACCAGUGUUUUACCAGUAUAUUACCUGUGUUUUACCAGUAUAUUACCUGUGUUUUACCAGUAUAUUACCAGUGUUUUACCAGUAUAUUACCUGUGUUUUACCAGUAUAUUACCUGUGUUUUACCAGUAUAUUACCUGUGUUUUACCAGUAUAUUACAUGUGUUUUACCAGUAUAUUACCUGUGUUUUACCAGUAUAUUACCUGUGUUUUACUAGUAUAUUACCUGUGUUUUACCAGUAUAUUACCAGUGUUUUACCAGUAUAUUACCUGUGUUUUACCAGUAUAUUACCUGUGUUUUACCAGUAUAUUACCUGUGUUUUACCAGUAUAUUACCAGUGUUUUACCAGUAUAUUACCUGUGUUUUACCAGUAUAUUACCUGUGUUUUACCAGUAUAUUACCAGUGUUUUACCAGUAUAUUACCAGUGUUUUACCAGUAUAUUACCAGUGUUUUACCAGUAUAUUACCUGUGUUUUACUAGUAUAUUACCUGUGUUUUACCAGUAUAUUACCUGUGUUUUACUAGUAUAUUACCUGUGUUUUACCAGUAUAUUACCAGUGUUUUACCAGUAUAUUACCAGUGUUUUACUAGUAUAUUACCUGUGUUUUACCAGUAUAUUACCAGUGUUUUACCAGUAUAUUACCUGUGUUUUACUAGUAUAUUACCUGUGUUUUACCAGUAUAUUACCUGUGUUUUACCAGUAUAUUACCUGUGUUUUACCAGUAUAUUACCUGUGUUUUACUAGUAUAUUACCUGUGUUUUACCAGUAUAUUACCAGUGUUUUACCAGUAUAUUACCUGUGUUUUACCAGUAUAUUACCAGUGUUUUACCAGUAUAUUACCUGUGUUUUACUAGUAUAUUACCUGUGUUUUACCAGUAUAUUACCUGUGUUUUACCAGUAUAUUACCUGUGUUUUACUAGUAUAUUACCUGUGUUUUACCAGUAUAUUACCAGUGUUUUACCAGUAUAUUACCUGUGUUUUACCAGUAUAUUACCUGUGUUUUACCAGUAUAUUACCAGUGUUUUACCAGUAUAUUACCUGUGUUUUACCAGUAUAUUACCAGUGUUUUACCAGUAUAUUACCUGUGUUUUACCAGUAUAUUACCUGUGUUUUACCAGUAUAUUACCUGUGUUUUACCAGUAUAUUACCUGUGUUUUACCAGUAUAUUACCAGUGUUUUACCAGUAUAUUACCUGUGUUUUACCAGUAUAUUACCUGUGUUUUACCAGUAUAUUACCAGUGUUUUACCAGUAUAUUACCUGUGUUUUACCAGUGCUGUCACGGCCAACAUGGUGGCACCAGAGAACGUUACGGCCAACAUGGCGGCACCAGAGGACGUCACGGCCAACAUGGUGGCACCAGAUGACGUCACGGCCAACAUGGUGGUACCAGAGGAUGUCACGGCCAACAUGGCGGCACCAGAGGACGUCACGGGCCAACAUGUCGGCACUAGAGGACGUCACGGGCCAACAUGGCGGCACUAG